AUGUUUUCACUGUCAGUCCUAGAUUGGUUGUCAUUGGUUGUCUCUGGGUUGUCGCAAGUCCAUCUGAUUUACCAUGUCUGUUCUCAACAUGAGUGGAGAUGAGCAACUUGAAUGCCCAUUGUGCAUGGAACCCUUGGAAGUUGAUGACCUGAACUUCUAUCCAUGUCAAUGUGGCUAUCAAAUUCAUGAUUUCCUCUUCUGCAGAUUUGCAGGUUUUGUUGGCACAGGAUACGAACAGACGAAAAUGGACUUUGCCCUGCCUGCAGACAACCCUACCCUGAAGAUCCUGUGGAUUUCAAGCCCCUCACACAUGAAGAGUAGGCAUAUGAUAUACACAGGGGUUCAAAAAUUUAAGCUGGAGAAGAAACAGAAGGACAUGCAGAGGAAGAGAUGUAUUUCAGAGAACAGAAAGCACUUGGCAAAUGUGAGGGUUGUGCAGAAGAACCUGGUGUUUGCAGUUGGCCUUUCCUCUCGAUUGGCUGACACAGAAGCACUGAAGAAGCAUGAUUACUUUGGAAAAUUUGGCAGAAUUCUCAAAGUGGUGGUGAACCAUAGUUCAGCCUAUGCAGGCACACAGGGUCCCAGUGCGAGUGCAUAUAUCACCUAUGCAAAAGUGGAAGACGCAUUGAAAGCGAUUCAAGCUGUGAACAAUGUCCAUGUAGAUGGUCGGACUCUGAAGGCCUCUCUAGGGACCACAAAGUACUGCUCCCAGUUCCUCAAGAAUCAACCAUGCAACAAGGCAGACUGCAUGUAUCUGCAUGAAAUGGGAGAUGAAGCUGCCAGUUUCACCAAAGAGGAGAUGCAGCAGGGGAAGCACCAGGAGUAUGAGAGAAAGCUUUAUGAACAGUUCAUGAAUCAAUGUAAUGCACAGACAAAAGAUAGCAGGACUGGGAACAUUAGUGGAACAUCACCGCAGCCAAUUCCAUCAACAUUUGGUAGCGGAAGUCAAUCCUCCAGUGCAAGCCCACCAAGUGCUUGGCCUCAGAAUCAGCAACAUUGUCAUAACAAUAACAAAGGUGAAACCAAACCCAACAAUGGCAGGAGCAAAGACUCAGAAGGGAGAAGGAAGAACAAAAAGAAAAGCCGUGGUGAAAGACGGCAAGAAGCCAAAAGGACAAUGGCAGCAUCUCAGCCACAGAAAGUGAAUGGAGUGCAUCAGAGCCUUGACACCUCAGGAUCCAGAUCACCUUGUGAACAGCCACAAGUUUGGCAGAAGCAGUCACAGCAACAACAGGGGAGAGAUGCCUCCCCCGUAACCACUGUCAGUUCCCUCUCUUCAGCAGCCUCAUCUCCUGCACACCAUAGUUGUGAGAGCGAUGCAGGAAAUGGAGGACAUUCAGAUCUGAGGUAUAGUGCAGGUGAAACAAGCAACUCUUCGUGUCUGCGUGCAAAUGGGGAAUCUCUCAGAGGAGGAGAUACCACAGCUUCUUCAAAGACUAGUGAAGCUCAAUCCAUGGGGCCUAUGGCCCAUGCUUCCUUGUCCAUGGGUGCUAAUCAGACUCACAUGUCUGCUGGUUCAGACUGGUUGGAUUCUGAUGAAGAAGCACAUGUGUCUUCAUCUUCUGUGAUGGGGAAUGGCUCAUUGAUGAGUUCUGAAGAUGAUAGAAAUAGCUCAUAUGGGAAAGUGGAUGAUGAUCUGGGCUUUGACCCAUUCCAUGAGACACAGAAAGCCCUGGCUGAGAUGAUGAAGGAGUCUGAGGGGCAGGUGCCUCCCAUGAAGGUACCACCAGGAAUGGGAAACAAACCAGGAAUGAAUUUUUAUGGCCUGUAUGGAGGUGACAUGUCUGCUCCCUAUGCAACUCACAUGGCUCCUCCAUCCAUGAUGGGUAGGGAACAGAUGGCUCGGACACGCCUCAGCAUCCCCCCAGGUUUUGGUCCCUCUCGAAUCCAUUCGGGAAGCAACUGCUUUCCAUCCAUGUCCAGCAUGCAUUCUGAUCUUCGGGAGAGCAAAAUCCUUGGUCUCCUGAAUCACCAGGCAAGUGGUCCAGGUGGACACUUCUCACAAGGAUCCCUGCCAUACAAUGGAAUGCCAGCAGAAGGUCUUAAUGGAUGCAACUCAAGGUUCCCACCAUACAACAGGUUCACAGGAAACCAGCACUCGACAGACAUGUCUCAGUACUCCUUCAAAGAAUGGCAGGAAGGCUUGAGGGCCUUGUUUCCUCCCAAUGUGAAUGUGUCCUUUGGAGCUCUUCCAUCCUCAUCAGGACAACAUGCACAACAGUCCAUGAGGGUGCCUCAGUCCCUUAGUAAUGGCUGGGGGUCAUCAGCAGACUGGACACAGUUGGACCCAGCCAUAGUGAGCACUGGGGGACUGGGGGGAACUCAAGGGCUGGAGAGUGAAGUGGAUCAUGCACCUCCACAUUGGCUCCGUUCUCUGGAGCAGCUGACCCAAGAACCUGUGACUCUGGGUCCACCAUCCUCCUCUGCCUCCUCACCUACUUCACCACCCCCAGGCUUCAAUCUCAGCCCUCGGGUUAGCCACAUCCCCCGAGCACAUCAACUCCUUUGAAGAUUUGUCCACAUGCAAGAGGGAUGAAAUCGUGGAAAUGGGAAACCGGUCUACAUGCCUCCAUGUCUCCAUGUCCUUUGGCACCUUUUGCCUCCCUUUCUUUGUCUCUCAAACUUUUUCAUUCCCACUUUUUGUUUCCCCAUUGCCAGCCUUUGCUGGAUUAUUUCCAUCAGUCUAUGUGCUGAUACAUCAUCUUCUGGCUUCCUCCAAGUGAAGUAUUGAAAUAGGUUGCUGCAAAGAGGGUGUCCUAUGUUUUGUCCUCUAUCUUCUCUUUUCUUUUUUCAUUCUUCCUAUCUUUGCCAAUGAAAUGUGUGAGGGCUAUUUCCCUGCCAUGCCAUGCUGUGCUGGCCAGAGUUGCAUCUGUUUCCGUUCAGAUCAGGAAUUCAGCAUGGUACUGAUGCUGGGUGGAGAAGGAUUUAUGACACAAUGAGGUGAC